AUGUCUUCAUUAGAAAAUAAUGGUACAAAAUACGCUCAGAAUGUCGAACAUGUAAUAAUUAAAUUGCUAAGUUCUUUGAAAACUCACAUUUCGAAUAUCUAUUAAAUAGCGAUAGUAUUGAAGGGUUUAAUUUAUUAUUUUAUAUUCUUAUGUAACUGUACAAUUAGACAAGUUAACGCAUUCGCAGCCGCUGACGUGAAUUCACGUCUUUGAAAGUUCUUCACUUCAAACAACAGAUCGUUACAAGGCGUUACGUUUCAAAACAAAUUUUCCAAUUUUUUUGUCCCUGUGUCAGAAAUUUGCAGCAAAAAUUAGUUCGAGAUUAGUUUUACAGUAUUAGAAAAGCGAAAAAUUUCGUCCGGUCGCGAAUGCGUUAAGUUGGAAACGACGAAUGUAAAGGACGAAUAAGUAUAUUUUCUGCCAGAGCGAAAUUGUUCCUCAGUAUUGUCUCGAAAUGAAAUUUUUCGCAUUUUAAUUUCAGACGAACAUGCACGCGUCGUUUCCAUACGACGGUGGUCGCAGUAGUGGCGGAGGCGGUGGCGGCGGAGGCGGCGGUGGCGGUGGCGGCGGCGGCGGCGGAAGAGGCGUCGAGUAUGGCGCUGUCCGCCGUCCUGACGCCCUUCUGCCACCCCCAGGCCUCGACCAAACCGACCUCGUUCUCCACAGCAGCCUCGUAGACGACCCCCAGUUUCGUCCCGGUUGAACGCUCGUUAUCAAAGGUGCUACUUAAAUUUGCCGUCUUAUCAGCCAGUGUUAUCUCGUCGACGAUAUCGUUAUCUCAGUUUUCAAAGCUGUGCAAGUUCUAACACCACGAGCAACGAGACCCCGUCAAAGACCGAUAAAUGGCGAAGAAGUGACAUUAUCCCGGCGUGGAAAACGUGUCCGUCGCGCAACCGGAAAUAUAAAGUCGCCGUGCCGGUAACUCGUCGCUUUUAAUUGGAAUUUAUCUGCCUCGGUGUCGUAUCGACUGCUCGUCCAUGAACGGAGUUCUGAAUUUCAAACCGAGGAUGAAAAAAAGGAAAAAAGCGGAUGGCCAUUAAUACGCCUAGAACGGUCGUGAUUGCAAGGAAAAUGAACCGCGACCGGACGAUCGUUGAUCGUUCAUCGGUUCCUCGUGGUAUUUGGAAAAUCGAGAAUCGCAUAUGAUACAAAUCAGUCCGCUUUUUCCAUGAAAUGCAAAAUCAAUAGAAAAAUCGUUCAUAUCGUGAGAACGUGGCGCGUUUAAAUUUCACAAUCAUAGCCAGAUUUCGAAUGUAUAUAUUGGGAAAUUAACGAAAAAUCUAUAAAAUGUGCUUUACUAUUAGAAUAUUGGUAUUACAAUAUUCAAUGGAUGA